UUAUGGAUGACUGGAUGAGACGCCACAGUACUCACAACAUCAGUAGCCAACUUGGCUUUCAUUUUUGUUGAAUUUAAUUAAAAUAUUUCACUAAUAUUAAUCUUUUAAAUUGUAAAAUAUGAAAUUUGAAUAGAUUGCGUACGUUUAGAGUCCAGUACAAAGGUCUUGCUUUAUACAAUCAGUACGUGGGCAGAAUCCCGUUCGAUUGAGCAGUCAUUGACCUAAAAUAAAACUUUUUAUCCCACAAAAUUCAAUUAUAAUUCUUUUUGUAGCAUCAUCUUAUAUAUAAAAGUAUUUCUUGGCACGAUAUUUUACGUCAUUAGAUGUUUCGAAAACUGAAAAUGAUCGACUCUAUUUGUUUAAGAAAAUGAUGCACAAAUUCCAUGAUUUGAACAAAUUGCAAAAUUUUGUCUAAAAAGUAAUUCUGGCUGCUGCAGCAGUAUUUACAAAGUAAAGCUUGAUAAGAGAAUUUUUGACGUCUAGGUGUAUAUAUAAUUAUUCUAUAUAAUUUUUAGUGUAGAAAGUAAAAAAAUAUUUUAUAUUAUGUGUAGAGAAUAAAAUGAAAUAUGCCGAAGUUGUACAGAAGUCUAUUUUAAAUUUUCAAAUAUGUACAUAAAAAAUGCUAUUUAGUUAAAUUUAGCAUUUUUCUAGUAAAAAACAACUGGAGAUUCUGUUCUUCCAACAAAAUAUAAUUUGUAUUUGAGAUAAUAUAUAUUUUGGAUAUGUCAUGUCAGCAAGCGCCCAGAAUAACGGAAGAUCCGUAUACAUUUACUGACACGGCACCUACAACAGCCACAUUAUUUAAUCCACAAAUACAUAAAUUAACGCCAAUAAUACAAAAUGCAAACGUAAGGCAGUUUCUUCCUAAGAAAACCCAAAUAUUUAAUCAGCAUCCAAGAAUAUUUAACACAACAAGCAGCAAUGUUAAAACACAAAAAGCGGUCAGUGUUGUCGGUCGGUUAAAUGGGAUUCCUGUAAGCAUUACGUCCAAUAGUAAUGUAGUUAAUGGCUUACAUAAAAUAUCCUCAACAAAUCCUCCGCUUUCUUCAAUUGGUUUUAUAAAAUCUCAAAAUAUAUCUCAAACCUCUCAACCAAAUUCAAAUAGUUUGAUUAUAAGCAAAACAAGUAUAGCGUCACCAGUAGCGAAAUUUCAAGGGCAACCUGCCCAGUUCCAACAACAAAGUCAAAAUAACCCGCAGACUCAAACAGUACCACAAAUAGUAUCAUUACACCAAUCUCAUCCGCUAUAUUCAGUAGCGCGGCAAACACAGAUUGUUACAACAUCAGCAAUUCAGGGAAAUGUUACAUCCCAAACAUCGCAGACGAUUCAACAACAGAAACAAUCAUUAAACCCACCGCAAAACAUAAAACAGAAAUCAGCGUUUUCUUUGAGUAACAACGCACAAGUGUUAGAGACAUAUAAUGAACCAACACAGAAAACUGUGAUUAAAAGUCAUUCCAGUGGAAAUGCAGCUUCAAAUAAUUUAUCAUCCAUUCCGAAAACAUUGGCAUCACAAACUUCACCAAAACAAGAGCAAAGUUCUCUAUUUCAGCAACAUCCGAUUUCGAAUCAAAGGUUACCAGUAUCUAACUUUGCACAGCCUCAGCAGAUAAAGCAAUUAACUUUAAAUUUACAUCCGGAUAACAACUCUUCCAUUAAUAAAUUAAAUGAAUUAGAUUCAAACGUAAUAAAAAGUUCUAACUCACCGAAUUUACAAACUGCAAACAUAAGAAAAUCUAAAACUUUGGAUGAGGUUACGGUUCCCAUCAUAUUACCUACAAUACCUACGUCAAUAAUUGAAAAACCAUCAGAAAAACCUAUGUUUGCUGCACCACCAGCCAAAAGAGACAUAAGAAUUUCGUCAACGGGUUCGUCAACAAGUAAACUCAAGGUAGUUAAUCAAAUCAAUUCCUCAAAUAAUAAUACAAGUACGUGUAGUUCGAACAAAACACAAAAUUUGUCUCGAACUAAAAGAGCAUAUAGUCAAAGCUCGCACCAUGAAACUCUGCAAAGAAUAUCAAAUAUUCCGAAACCAGCAAACGAAUGGCAUGCCCCGGAUUCUUAUGUGUUUGACAGUUUAGGACCAUUUUCUACAAAUACAUUAAGGGAAUUUGGUCAAUUAGAAAAUUUUGCAAAAUGUGAUACAUUUCCGUUAUUUAACAAAAUAAAAUCUGCAGCUGAUAAUUCAGUUUUAUUACAAGUACAAAAGCACUGGCUAAAUAUUGAAGAUAUUAAAAACUCAAUACCGUCAUGGUCUCAAGGACGGGAAAAACGUAUAGAAUUACGAAAAGCGCAAUUACGAAGGCAGGCUUUGCAAUAUUACUUUGCAAGACAGUUUUUAUCGCCCACAAAUGCGCGAAAAAGACUUGUGUUCGUUUCAAAAGCUUUAAAAAAACUUAAAAGUAGUCGUAAUGAGUGCCCACCCACAAGACGUUGUGCGAUAUCAUCGUGCAACAAUAUUGCAUUAGUCUUAACAUCAUAUUGUAAUUUACAUAUAACACGAAAUAAUGAUCAACAUUUGUUCCUACCUUGUACAGCAAAAUUUUCGGAUAACACACAGUGUCGGAUUCCUGUAUUUGAUAUUACUCAUAAUCUACCUCUAUGUAAAGAACAUGCCUGGAAAAGAGAUAACUAUCAAAGAAUCAUUCAGGAACAUAAGCCAAGAAAAGCUGCAAGAAAACGCACCAAAUCAGGCGCCUUAACAAAAAGUUUUAAUAAUCCUUUAGUGAAUCAUAAACGUAAUAAAAGAAAAAGAAAACCACUUUUAGCCUCUGAUUCAGGAUUAGGUGGAAUGGAAAUAUCAAAUAACAGUGCUGAUGGUAUAAUCAGUAGUAGUAGUGAUGUUGGAAGCGGAAGUAUGGAAGAGAGCGGAGGUGGACAAAAUACGAAGCAAGUUAUUAAUUCUUCAAACAGUAUUACAAGUUUUGCUGACUGUAAUGUUCAGUCAACAAAGAACAAUUCAGAUAAUCAUGUGGUAUCUGAAUUAGCACAAGGGGCACAAGUUAUUAAGUUGUUAACCAAUACAAAAGAGGGUGUAACAAAGGUGGAUAAAAUAUCAGAUGGAAAUAAUGACGCUACGCAGGACAGUUUCAAUGUUUGUGAAAAUAGUUCAGCUUACGAAAGUUCAGAGGACACGGGUUUUGGAGCUUUAAGUGACGCCGAAUUAAUGGCAAAUGCUCACGACGUAAUAGAAGAGAUUCCGUUAGGGGAACAUGACUUAACGAAUGUUUUAAAUCAACUUCCUGUUGAUGCAAUCAAUGAGUUCUUUACGACAGUUCAACAAAACGGACCUUUAGAGCCAACCCAAGAAGAACAAGAAUAUUUAGAAAGAGCUCUAGAAAUGGCUAAUAAACAAGUACAAGAACAAAUGAAUCAAAUGGUUGGGCAACAAAUUGAGCAAAUGGCUGUUGGUGGUGAUCAAAUUGACCCGAAUUUUUUGGAAAGUUUUUUAGUUGAUAACUUAGAUGCAGAUAUUUGCACUGAAAUUGUUUAUUCACCCGGUGCGAAUGAAAUUGAUGCAAAUAGCUUACUAAUAGAUGCAGAAAGUAAUGGUACAAUAGGCAGUAAUAGUUGCAAUGAUAACUCAACAACAGCAGCUGAUAUUCGUAAUCUUGUACAGACUUAAAAAAACACACACAUUUUUUAAUGUUAAAUGUUAAUAUUUAUAUAGCAAAUCGUAUUAAUUUGUAUACUUUGAGAUUACUAAAUCUAAAUAUUAAUAAUAAAUAUAAUACAUAGAUAUAUUGAAAAUUUAAAUAUAAAUAAUAAAACAUAAAAUAAAAUAUAAGCUGGAAAAAGAAAAAUAACAUUAUGUAUAUAUAAAAUAAAAAUAUUGAGAUUUUUUAGUCUUCUUCAAUUUCAUUUUCAAUUCAAAAAACAGGCUGUUUCUUUUUUUUCUAAUGAAUUUAAAAAAAAAAAUAAUUUAUA